CUACUGCUCACUAUAUAUGUUGUGAUAUAUUUAAAAUUAUUUAUUUAUUAUAUACAUAUAUAUUUGGGAUGAAUCUUAAAGUUAAGACUCUUAAGAACGUCCAAGUUGAUGUCGACGUUCCCGAUACUGCAUCAGUUGAGGAUUUAAUGAACAAAGUGGCCGAAUCGUUCCCUAAUAUGCAAGCGGAAUCUCUAAAGCUAAUUCACGCUGGGAAAAUACUAAAAAAAGAACUCCUUCUUAAGGAUUAUUCCGACAUUAAGGAUGGAGAUAAAGUAAUUGUCAUAUCGUCCAAGACGCCUGAUCCUUCUAAACAUCAAGACCCAAACAGUCAACCUUCCUCUACAACUACACCCACAUCUAAGGCUCCACAACCAUCACCUCUUGACAAUAGUCCUCACCAACCCUCUAGUGGGCAUAAUGUUUCUCAACAAACUUACGAAACCGUGUCGUCUAAGUUGGUUAUGGGAUCAGAACUAGAACAGAGCAUUAAUCGUAUUUGUGAAAUGGGUUUUGAGAGGCCACUUGUUGAACGAGCAAUGGCUGCCGCUUUCAAUAAUCCGGACCGAGCAGUGGAGUUUUUAUCAACGGGAAACAUUCCAGUUUCUAAUAUGCCAAACAUUGAUCACCAAAAUGUGACCGCACCAGAACAUGGUCAUUCUGGUGGCGAGGAUGUGCUUCAAAUGAUACAGUCGCACCCAAUGUUUGAGCAGUUGAGUCAAGCGGUUCAGUCUGACCCACAGCUGCUUCAACAGCUGCUUGAAAGCUUGGGCCAAACGCACCCUGAGCUUUUGCAGACUAUAAUCCAAAGACAAGACGAGUUUAUGGAGUUGUUAAACUCUGGAGCUGGUGCCGAAGCCGACCCGUAUUCUAACACGGAACACAAUCCAAACAUAAUAUCACUGACACCGGUGGAAAUGGAAAGUAUAGAACGUCUUGAAGGCUUAGGAUUCUCUAGACCGGCGGUUAUCGAGGCAUAUCUAGCUUGUGAUAAGAAUGAGGAGCUUGCUGCAAACUAUUUACUCGAGAACUCUCAUGAUUUUCAAGAAUAAUACCUUUAUGGUCAAUCUAUUAUAAUGUAUUGAUUCU